CCGGGGCGGGCCUGAAGGGGCGGCCGGGCGGAGUUAAAGGGCCGGGCCGCGGGCCGGUGCGUUCAGAACCGAAGUGGCGACGCCGGGGAUUCCGGAUUGAGGGCCUGAGGCCGAGACCCGAGGGUGUCCAGAACAGAGUCACACACAUAGCAGGGGCUGCCACAUGAUUUGCCACCUGAGUGCUGGAGAAAUGCAUGCAGAGCCCCUGGCGAAGGGCUGGCAUGUGGACGCAUUCAGAGGGAGAGCAGGAUGCCCAGUAGCCAUCACUCUCGGGCUUCUUGGCAUCGCCGGGGGAAUCGUUAUCCACCGUGAAAUCGGAUGCUGCCCAUCACGGAACACCUGCUGCGCCUGCUGGGACUGGAGAAGACCACCUUCCGCUUGUAUGCCGUGUCCGCGCUCCUCCUCUCCCUGCUCUUCUUCCUCUUCCACCUGCUGCUGCGGUUCCUGCGGCUCUGCUGGCACUUCUACGUCACCUGCCGCCGGCUGCGCUGCUUCCCCCAGCCGCCCCGGCGCAACUGGCUGCUGGGCCACCUGGGCAUGUACCUCCCAAAUGAGAUGGGCCUCCAGGAUGAGAAGAAGGUGCUGGACAACAUGCACCAUGUGAUCUUGGUGUGGAUGGGACCUGUCUUGCCACUGGUGGUUCUGGUGCACCCUGAUUACAUCAAACCCGUGGUGAGCGCCUCAGCCGCCAUUGCCCCCAAGGAUGACCUUUUCUAUGGCUUCCUGAAGCCUUGGCUAGGGGAUGGGCUGCUGCUCAGCAAAGGUGAGAAGUGGAGCCGGCACCGCCGCCUGCUGACACCUGCCUUCCACUUUGACAUCCUGAAGCCCUACAUGAAGAUAUUCAACCAGUGCACCAACAUCAUGCAUGCUAAAUGGCGGCGCCUGGCGGAGGGUCCAGUGGUCUCCCUGGACAUGUUUGAGCACGUCAGCCUCAUGACCCUGGACAGUCUCCAGAAAUGUGUCUUCAGCUACAAUAGCAACUGCCAGGAGAAGAUGAGCGAUUACAUCUCAGCCAUCAUUGAGCUGAGUGCGCUGUCCGUCCGACGCCAGUAUCGCCUGCACCACUACAUCGACUUCAUCUACUACCGCACAGCAGACGGGCGGCGCUUCCGUCAGGCCUGUGACACCGUGCACAGCUUCACCACCGAGGUCAUCCAGGAGCGGCGGCUGGCGCUGCGCCAGCAGGGGGCCGAGGCCUGGCUCAAGUCCAAGCAGGGCAAGACCUUGGAUUUCAUCGAUGUGCUGCUCCUGGCCAAGGAUGAAGAUGGAAAGGAACUGACAGAUGAGGACAUCCGAGCUGAGGCAGACACAUUCAUGUUUGAGGGUCACGACACAACGUCCAGUGGGCUCUCGUGGGUGCUGUUUAACCUGGCCAAGCACCCAGAGUACCAGGAGAAGUGCCGGGAAGAGAUCCAGGAAGUCAUGAAAGGCCGGGAGCUGGAGGAGCUGGAGUGGGAUGACUUGACGCUGCUGCCCUUCACCACUAUGUGCAUCAAAGAGAGCCUACGCCAGUUCCCACCCGUGACCCUGGUCUCCCGCCGCUGCACGGAGGACAUCAAGCUCCCGGAUGGGCGCAUCAUCCCCAAAGGAAUCAUCUGCCUGGUCAGCAUCUAUGGGACCCACUACAACCCCACAGUGUGGCCUGACUCCAAGGAACUGCAUCGGACAGAGCUUCGCCAUGGCCGAGAUGCGCGUGGCCGUGGCGCUGACUCUGCUGCGCUUCCGCCUGAGCGUGGACCGAACGCGCAAAGUUCGGCGGAAGCCGGAGCUCAUACUGCGCACGGAGAAUGGCAUCUGGCUCAACGUAGAGCCCCUCCCUCCGCGGGCCUGAGCCUGAGCGCCGGUGCGCCCCUGCGGAGCCCGGGGCCUAAGCCCCGCCUAGAGGCCGAAGCCCCGCCCUCGAGGGACCAGACCACGCCCCUAAGUCCUGUGGACAUAGGCCACGCCCCUCGAAGUCCAGGCUCCGCUCAGGGGGAUCAGGGUCCUCCACUGAGCAGCGGGUAGGUGCAGGCCACGCCCCUCAAGGCAAGGCCACGCCCCUUGAGUUCCAGGACCCACCCACCGAGUGCUGUCCUCUGGUUUGAGGGCCAGGCUAGGCCACACCCCUUGGGCCCAGACCCCGCCCCCAGCAUCCUGCGGCUUCAGGUCUUCAGGCCUCUCCCACGGAGCCUUCUAAGACCCUAAGGCCAGACAUCUAAAGCGUCCUGAAUUCAAGCCCUGCCCCACGCGGAUCUGACGGGCUUCUAAAUGGAGGACUUGGGAGCUGGAGCCCGAGGUCAGAGCCUUGAACCUGGAUAUCGCCUUCCUGAAGCCCCCAGCUCUGAUGGGCGAACUUCUCAGGCAUCAGGCUACCUCCUGUGGCCCUGCUGUUUGCUUUUCUUGUUUUGUAAACUCGAACUCUCCUUCCAAGCCCCUUCCUUCCUCCCUUACUCAAAGGCCCUUUGCUAAGGGUGUUGGUUUUUGUAGAAUAAAAGCAAGGGAUACAGACAUCCACCAUCAUCCACCCUCUAGCGGCUAGUCUAGUGGCUAGAGCAGUGGUUCUCAACCUUCCUAAUGCCGCGACCCUUUAAUACAGUUCCUCAUGUUGUGGUGACCCCCAACCAUAAAAUUAUGUUCGUUGCUACUUCAUAACUGUAAUUUUGCUCCUGUUAUGAAUCGUAAUGUAAAUAUGUGAUAUGCAGGAUGUAUUUAGGUGACCCCUGUAAAAGGGUCGUUCGACCCCCAAAGGGGUUGCGACCCACAGGUUGAGAACCGCUGGGCCCGACCCUGACAUCCAGAGCCCAGCACGGAAAUGAGGGACCUUGGACAGUUGGGAAGCAGCCGAGGGAAUCUGUGAGCUAGGAGGCUGGAAAAUCAUUUGUCCUUGGACAUAAACUGAGACUUUUUGGGACA